UUGUUUGCAUUGCCUUUCUUUGCAUGAGUACUCUCGUACCAUUAUGUGUGUAUGUGUUCCUUUGUUUAGAUUCCGAGUGAUAGCUUAACAUGUGUGAAGGCGUGUGAUUAAACACAACGGGACCAUUUUUAAAAACCCUGGUGACUGAAAAAAAAAAUAACCGAAGAAAAGAGAAGAGAGAGUGGAGUGAGGUAUGAAUAUUUCUGUAGCUAUUUGGCGAUCUGUUUCCAAAAUACGCAGGUGGCAUACAGAAGAUAGAAGCAGAUACUGAGAUAAUAAAUAUAUUUGAGGAAGCGGGGAAAGAGAGAGACAUAGCCAAGAACAAGAAAUACAGAAAGUGAAUAUAACAAACAAAGUGAACUAAUGAGACGGCGAAAGGAAGAAAGAAUAAGUUGACAAGAAAAUUAAAGCAACUGAGGGGAAUAUACAAAGUGGAGGCAGAUAUGUGUGUAGGUGGACAAGGAAGCAGAAGGCGAGAAAGGGUAUAAGGAGAUGCGAGCCACGGACAGGGAGGAAAAAAUCCCCCAAUAAGCUGGGCAGGGAGAGAAGCAGGCAGACAAGUAAUCAGAGAGAGAGAAGCAAGGCGGCAAAAAGAGAAAGGUGAAAAGUAUGUGAGAGAGAGAGAAGAGAAGCAGAGAAGCAGAGUGGCAAACAGAGAAAGAUGACAAAAUAUGUGAGAGAGAGAGAAAAAGAAAGAGAGAGAAAGAGAUUUAGCGAGGAAUAAAGAGGUAGAGCAAAGAGAGGGAGUAAUAGGAAGCGUCACAGAUAGACAAAGCAAAGGAAUAAAGCCGAAACCUUACAUUCGAGAGAAGCUGAACAGAGAGAAAGGGUUCGCACGGCGAAACGACGAAAAUGAUUCAUUACAAUGAGAAAAUAGUUCCGUCAGGUAAUGAAACAAUGUAUGAAGCAGAAGACAAAAGCAAAACUCUGGUAGAAGGAAAUUCUAAUACUUUAGUGGUUGUUUUAUUGGUGAUGGGAUGCACUUUCCUGUUUGCCUUUUUCCUCAGUUUUGUUGCUGUUCUCUACAGAUAUCACCGCCGUAAGACUGCUGAAUACCAGCGUGCUGCACAGGCCCAUAUAACAUCAACACGUAAUGCUGGCAUCUACAUGGACCUUGCUAUGGAUUCUCCAAUGUCUAAAUCUGGCUUACCUAUUGGUGCACCAAUCUAUAAUUCAUUGAAGAAACAUCCAGAACAGUAUACAUUUGUAUCAGAUGAUGAACUUGACUUAUAAACCAAACAUAAAUAUAUUUGUUGAUUUCUGUAACCACUGUCAUGUUUUUUAAUCCAGAAUUCUUGUGAAAUGGAUUGAGAUUUUAAUAAGAACUUCUGGUAAUCAAUCACACAGCUCAUUCCAAACUAAUAUGGCCAAAAUCCCUAUUGUGUUGGACAUUGUACUACAUAUUCCAAGUUCUGAACUGUAUCACCAUCAGCUUAAAAUAGUGUCAUUGUGAGAUUCCUCUAAGUUUUGGAGUUUGGUUGGUUUUUGUAUUCUCCUGGAUUAGUGAUGACUGGGUAUCAGACUCUACAACAACAACAACUGUAGGAAACAUAUCUGUUAAUUAAAUAAUCAACUUAAAUUAUCAAUUAAUUAUGCACUAAACAUCACACUAUGUUAUAUCUGUAGUAUGAGGCAAGCUAAACUUUUGGUGGGGGAUUUUUGAACACAUAGGACCUGUCCCUAUGUUGUAACAAACAAAUGUUGUUUUCUUUCUGCCGAUAGAUAAGAUCUACCUGGUUUGUUUCAAAUCUUGUUUGAUUUACAUCAGUGGGAGAAUAUCAUUCAAUUUGCUCAAGGAAAGAAACAUAGCUAAUAGCUAUGUAUAACAACUAAAUGUAGUGAAACAUUGUAGGCACCAAUCAAUUAUUUUGAUUUGCAUUAUGUAUUUCUUUCUAUGGACAAAUCAAAUGGUAUUCAAUUUCUGAUAGAAGAAUUGAAAUUGGUCAGGUAGAAUGUUUGUGUGUCCUCAAGUGUAGGUGUGACUAUGUUAUUUGGAAGCUUACUUCCUAACUGUGUGUUUUCAAGUUCAGUCCUACUAUGUUGAGACCUUCAACAAGUAUCUACAGGCCUGGGCCAGCCAAAGUCUUAAGAGUGGAUUUGGUUGACAGAAACUGAAAGAAGCCCAUCAUGUAUAUACACAUAUGUUUGUGAGCAGCCUCGUCUUGACAUUACAAGAUGGUUGUUAAAUGAACAUCAUUGUCAUGCAAGUGGUGUUGUUAAUCUCCAAUCUUCCUUGGAAAUACAUCUGGCCCUUGGAAAAUAUUACUUUACUUGUAAAGGGCAUCCGGCUGUAGAAAAUGUGUCUCAACCCAUGAAAUCAUGGAGAAUUGAACAAUAAAACAACGAAGAGGUGUGAAUUGAAAAGACAUUUAUCAGUCAUAAGCAACAGCUCCACUAUUACAUUAAAAAAAAAGUUUGCUCUUCAUCACUCUGCAGGUAUAAAAAGUGAAAUUGCCAGGUAUCAACUGAUGAAUAUAAUCAAACAAUCAAAUAAACUUCCUGAUUGACCUUUAGGGACCAGUGACUAAUCUCAUCCUUACACCUCAGCUUAUACUAUAGGCAUAUACUGGGCAUAUGCCUAUUGUAUAUAUUGUCCCCUCACCCAGUUAUCCUUAUUCUCAGUAUAUGCUGUUGUCUUUUCCCAAAUUAAUUCAAUGAAAAUACAAGCAAUCCUCGGUUGAUUUCUAACCAAUUUUUUUACAAACAACUGAUACAGCCUUUCCUUUCCAACAUUGUGCCUCCUCACUAAAAAUGUUAGUUUCUACUUCAUCUAACAGCACACCAAUAUGUAUCCUUUCAACCUUUUGUUAUACUUCCCAAUAUAUCAGAUUGACCAACGAAUUAAUUAUUCAAUCACUUUGAAAUAUUGUUUGUUCCUACCCUCCACUCAUUCACCUCUACCACCAAUCAGUGCCAUUGUUAAAACAGUAACUAAAACUUUUAUCAUAAUGGUUGCCACAAUAAUGGCACUUCCACCCCCUAUCUCAUCACUGACUUUUUAAUUUAUAUACAUAUAUUAUAUUGACCUUCCAUGGUGUACUUUUUCAUUAUUGGAUACUUUACUACCUUACUAAUUACAUUAAUCAGGCUGCCCAGUAGGCCCUCACCUGUAGACUCAAUUGGUAAUCAUGGUUUCUUUAUGUCUUUUCAAAGAACUUUAUAAUCAAAUAUUUCUACAUUUUGCUCCAGAAAUUCUUCCAUUCUAAAUCUUACAAAUACUACAGCAAUAAUAAUGAUGAUAAUUUGUUGAUUUUAUUAUGAAAUAAAGCCUGGAGCAAUUAAAAUACCAAUAUCUUGCUGAGGGAGAUAACAAGAUGCCUGCUGUAUAAAUAUGGGCUCCAGGUACCCAAACCAGAUGUCCAUUACCUUUUUACAUGGUUAUUGUGCCUCAUAUAAUAAUAAUUAUAAUAACUUAUUUUGUGUACACGUCACUUUACUAUGAAAUAUAUUUGAAGAAGACAUGAAAUUUGUACCUAAAUUUUCCUUGUAAAACUUCUAGCCAAUCUUUGAAUAUUUAAAAAUGAAUCACUGUUAAGUAUUUUUUAUUGCCAAAGCCCCUCCCACACAGUUGUUCUUUGUGAACUUCAGGUGGUUGACUCUCAUGCACAGAUAUACAUAUUCACACUUGAAGAAGGAUGAUUGACUCAUAAUUGUUUAUUUCUAUUUUUGUUAAUUUAUCAUCUUUCAUGGUCAACAUUUUCUCUGUGUUAUUAAACUUCUGAAUUUCAGGAAA